AUGCGGUCCUCUAUCUUCGUCAUUGCGCUCUUGAUGAGUGGUGUGCUGCUCGUCACGGCGGAUGCUGUGUCGGCUUCUAGACGACUGAAAGCCACGACACCUGGCGCUGAGAAGCUCGUGGACGAGGCUCCUAAGGAAGUGGCGAGGGUCCCUCUUCCUGACGUAGAGGGGCUCGAAGAACGGUGGAAUGGGCCCGUAUCCUGGGUCAACAGGUUCGUCGAAUGGAUCAAGUCGUUUAUGGUCGAUCUGCGCAGCCUCUACUUCAGGCAUCAUAUCCCUGCGGCGAGCGAGGACUAUUUGACUCUAUUGCUCAAGACGUAUGCUAAGGACCCCCACCAUACCGUUCAAAUGGCAACAGCCAUGCUACGCUAUCGGUCGUUAUUCAACCGCGGCGUGAAUGUUCGUCUGGUCGAAGAUUUGGACCUACUGCUGUCACAUGAUGCCUGCGUGCGCAUUGUAACGGUUAAUCGCUUCACAUCCUUGCAUCCGUCCGCCUACACUACGGUGGUGGAAGCUCUUCGAAGGCAUUUGGGUGAGUUGGAGGUGGCAAUACUGAUCACGCGGGCCAAGCAGGUGCAGCCGUAUGCGGUACACGUCGAAGAGUUGCAAUUCGAGGCAUGGAAAGCGAAAGCUAUCACGCCUGAACAGGUUCUACUCGCAUUUUCGAACGGAGGCCCGUUGCUGUCCGAAUCUUCAGCCUUCGCAGCGCCUAGUCCGUAUAUUUUUGGUGAUUUUCUAUAUAUCGACAGGAUCGUCAGUGACUAUAAGACGUACCUUGGCAACAAACACGUUGGCGCUCGCGAAGGUUAA